AUGCCUUCUAGAAGCUCAGAAAGCGCUAGAGAUUGUCGCAAACGAAAAGCGCUUCGCAUUCAAUAUCUGGCUGAAAGUGUUCGAUUACGAGAAUUAACUGUUCUUAAAAUGAGACAAGAUGUCGAAAGAUUAUUGGAGGUGUGCCACGAAAUCGAUAACGGAGAAUUUCCUCAAAAUGCUGUAGCUGAACUCGGUAUACCUUAUGAAUGA